CUCACCCACUCUCAUGUCUCAAACACCCAAAAAGGUACCUUCUCACCAUCACAACUCCCAAGUCCCAACUACUGCGCCAUUUCUUAUUUAUUUUAGGGGAAAGGACUAAAGUAAGGAGGGUGAUUGACUGAUUGUGUGUUGUGACACCCUUUUUUUUCCCCAGUCCCCACUUUUUAUACUGAAAUUCGGAUGAAGCAGUAAAAACAAAUGGAGUAAAAGAGAGAAAAUGUGAAGCAAUGAAGAAGGAAAAAGUCUUUCCCUUUUCAAUUUUUUUUUACAGCUGUGCAGACAACUCAUUCUGCACCUGCCUUCUUCUAUUCUCUGGUGGAGUAAUUGAUAUGAAGAACAACAAACAACAACAGCAAGUGUUAGGAAGAAGAAGAUAAUAAAAGAUUGCAGCUUCUUCACUAACUACUAAUGAGUAAUGGGAGAAAGAUUCAUAUAUACUUGUAUAUGUGUGUGCAUCGAGAUCUGUGUAUGGUUUUAAUGGAAGGGUUGCCGUUGGCUUAACGAAAAAGCUUUAAGCUUGGAUCAAAACUCUUAAAAGUUACUAAAAAUAGAUUCUUCAUUCUUCUUUUGUUGAGUUGCACAAAAGAAACAAACUCAUAUCCUGCGUAUUCCUGACGAUUUGCCGUUGAGAUUGCUUUUUCCCUUAGCUACUUACUAUUAGGAUUACUCCUAAAAAGUCAAUUUUUGCUCUUUUUCUACUCUCUGUCUAUCUCUUCUUAUCUUCCUUGCAAAUGCAGCUCCAUUCCAUUUACAGAGAAAUGGCUGCUUUUGUUUGAGCUCUCCCAUUUUCUCCUUAAAGGCAGACUAAGAGAAUUGCUGCAACAAACCAAUAAUUAUCAUAUUGAGCUCAAAGUGGAAGACUAUCUAUGAAGCUCUUCUUUAGUUUGACACUCUUGCUGCUCUUCCUCAAUUUUCCACCUUUAAGUCAUGCUGACCUGGAAAAUGACAAGCAAGCUUUGCUUCAGUUUUCUGCUCUUAUCCCUCAUGGUCGGAAAGUAAACUGGAACUCUACUACCCCAGUAUGCACCGCUUGGGUGGGAAUUACCUGCAGCUCAGAUAAUAAUAGUGUUAUUGCUGUCAGGUUACCUGGGGUUGGACUCAAAGGUCUAAUCCCUGUUAACACCCUUGGGAAAUUGGAUCAUCUCUCAAUUAUUAGCCUUCGGUCAAACCUGCUCUCUGGGAGUCUUCCAGCUGAUUUGCUUUCCCUUCCUUCCCUCCAGUAUGUUUAUCUACAAAAAAAUAACUUAUCUGGCAAAAUACCUUCUUCAUUAUCCCCUCAACUCAUUACAUUAGAUCUUGCUUCCAACUCCCUUGAGGGAGAAAUCCCAUCAUCAGUCCGAAACCUAACAAAUCUAAAUAAACUGUUCCUUCAGGAUAACGCUCUCACUGGAACCAUCCCCACAUUGAAUACUCAAAAUCUUAGAUACUUGAACUUGAGCAACAAUCACUUUAAUGGCUCAAUCCCAUCGAUGCUUAGUGGGUUUCCUAAUUCGUCAUUUCAGGGAAACACAGGCUUAUGUGGACCACCACUCAACCACUGUCCUGGAGUUUCUCCUGCUCCUGCUCCUGCUGUGUCUCCUUCUUCAGUGAAUGUGGGUCCUCCGUCUCCUGUUGCUCAUGAAGAACACUUGAGGAGAAAACUAAGCAAAGGUGCUAUCAUUGCCAUUGCAGUAGGAGGAGGUGUGGCACUAUUUCUGCUACUGUUGAUGAUUGUCCUGUGCUGUUUGAGGAAAAAAGGUAGUGAGGGAAGUGGUGUUCUCAAAGGCAAGGGUUUUGGUGCUGGAAGGGCUGAAAAGCCAAAGGAAGAUUUUGGUAGUGGGAUCCAAGAGUCCGAAAAAAACAAACUGGUUUUCUUUGAAGGUUGUUCCUUUAAUUUUGAUCUUGAAGAUCUCUUGAGGGCCUCCGCCGAAGUGCUUGGAAAAGGAAGCUAUGGCACAACUUACAAGGCCAUCUUGGAGGAUGGAACGAUUGUGGUUGUAAAGAGAUUAAAGGAGGUUGUGGUCGGCAAAAGAGAGUUUGAACAGCAGAUGGAGACAGUUGGAAGGGUUGGUCAGCACCCUAAUGUUAUUCCCUUACGAGCUUAUUACUAUUCCAAGGAUGAAAAACUUCUUGUUUACGACCAUGUAUUGGCUGGCAGCCUGUUGGCACGCUUGCAUGUUUCAGGUAGCAAGGAUGGUGAAAAACCACCACUAGACUGGGAAUCCAGGAUAAAGAUUCUGCUGGGAGCUGCUAAGGGAAUAGCUCAUAUCCAUUCAGCUGCUGGUGGCAGGUUUACACAUGGAAAUAUUAAAUCCUCCAAUGUAUUUCUUUCCGAGGAUGUUAAUGGUUGCAUCUCAGAUUUUGGUCUAGCUCCCUUAAUGAGCUUUCCUGCUGUCCCCCCAAGAACUGCAGGCUACAGAGCGCCAGAAACAGUAGAGACAAGGAAAAUCACCCAAAAAUCCGAUGUCUAUAGUUUUGGUGUUCUUCUUCUUGAGUUGCUUACAGGAAAGACCCCGGUGCAAUCACCCGGACGUGAUGAUGUGGUUGAUCUCCCAAGGUGGGUCCAGUCAGUGGUUCGAGAGGAAUGGACCGCAGAAGUAUUUGAUACAGAGCUAAUGAGGAAUCAAAAUAUUGAAGAAGAGUUGGUUCAAAUGCUUCAAAUUGCCAUGGCUUGUGUUUCUAAGGUGCCUGACUUGAGACCCGACAUGGGAGAAGUAGUGAGGAUGAUUGAGGAGACCAGGCAGUCAGAUUCUUCGAGCAGGCCAUCACCUGAGGCUGAGGGGUCAAAGUCUAAGGCCCCGGAGACGAAUACACCAUAAAGUAACAAAGAGCAUUCAUUUGUUCUGAAUUCAUCUUUCAGUGGAAUAGGAGGGGCUACUAACAAAGGACUGUACAUAACUCUAAAUCUGGCAACCUCCUGCUAAUGAGCUCCUAGCUAUUCAGUGAUUCUUUUAGGUUUAUAUAGGCUAGAAACUAAAAAUGCCUGUCAUUCUUUUCUUGUCGGAGUUGUACUUUUUGAUCAGCAGUAUAGGUUUGGGGUUGUAGCUAAAUUUGAUUGGUGUUGUAGCUAAAUUUGAUUCGAACAUACAAAUGUUGUCAUUCUAUUGGUGUUUA